AUGCCGCCCAAGUCUAUACUCAAGAACACGACUGUCUCCACAAACGGGCCUCCUGCGAAGAAAGCUGUGAACCCGCGCCACCUUGCAGUCGCCCGCCACCAUGCGACAGUACUUGAAGAUCGCAAGCGCGUCGAGGCAGAGGUGCUCGAGGCUGUCAUGACACUGAUGGACUAUCCCACCUCGCCCGACGCCGAUGCUAAGCGACCAUCACCCUCAGACGCGCACUUCUUUCAAAAGGCCGUUAUUCCCUUUCAGCCUGCCGACUAUGAUGCCCUCAUCGAGGAGCGCAACAUCGCCGACAAGUGUGGCUAUGCGCUUUGCCCAAAACCAAAGAAGAAGGCGCGAUCCACCGCAAGGAAGCAGUUUGUUGACACAGACCACGGUGUGCAGAUAGUAGACAGAAAGGUGCUAGAGGUGUGGUGUUCAGACGACUGCGCAAGACGCGCGCUCUAUGUCAAGGUGCAGCUGAACGAAGAGCCUGCGUGGAUGCGGCACGGGGGAUACGGCGACAAGAUUGAGCUCAUGGUGGACAAUGCCGAUGAACACCAGAAGGCUCUGCCGUUACGCCUGAAGCAGGAAAGCGCGACCACGGCCCACGUAGACGAAGACGCAGACCUGGAUGCAGCCUGGGCUGCUCAAGCGGAUGCUAUGAAGGACCUGGCGCUCGAACGGGGGGAGAAACCAGGUAACCUAACCAAAACAAACAACGAUCUCAUCCAAGACCAGAUUCUCGAGCGCUCAUCCAGCAGCGCGCCGCCACAGCCACCCUCGCUUCCUUCCCAAACAUCUGACCAUACCAUGGCCAUCGAAGGGCACGUUCCACGUAUCAACCGCAAAGAAAAAGACGACGAUGAUGACGACGACGACCAAGACUGGGAUAAGCACCUGCCUGGGUGA